UACAUAGCAUCCGCCAUGUUUUGGUCGUAAAAUGUUUUGAAUCGGUUUUUUCUUCUUCUUAUUUUAUUAUAUUUCUCUGUCAUUCGUUUGUUACGUCGGUUAACUCAUUUACUUGGAAAACACUACUAUCUCAGAAGCUUACAUACGAUGUGGUUUCAGACGCUAAAAACACGUCAAACCGUCAAGAACUUAACUACUUCCAACAGUCAUGGUCAGUUAGCAGCCAUUGAAUACUCUGACAAGAAAGUAGAUGUUCAUAUGUUGAAGAGAGAAACUUCACCAUUGUCUCUAGAUGAGAACACAUCAGUAGCUUUUGUCAACCUAGAGGAUGGCAGUAUAUAUCUCAUUAGUGUAUGUGUGUGCGUAAAAGGAAGGUCUGUACUAGAGUUCAAGGCAUGGGAUGUCACCAACAAUUUUGGUUUCACAGCCAAGGAUAUAACUGUACAAGACAUGCAGAGACUUAAUAUGAACGAUAGCAAAUCCAAAGCAAUUGUCAAUCUACCUGAAGUUUCUGCUACACAAAAUCCUGUGAAAAUCAACUCUUUAAUGGACUAUAUUGCAAUUCCUGUUGGUCCUACUCUUGUAGCCAUGUGGAAAUGUAAAAAGACAGAUAAUUCUUGUAUUAGUUUGGAGCUUGUGACAGCAGUAAGAACAUCUAUGGUAGUACAAGAUAUUGGACUGAUGUUUUCAGACGAAGAUACAAAAAAUAGUAUUCCAUCUCUUGUUGUUGGUGAGUCUAGUGGAGUUCAGAUAUUUACUGCUGCCAAAUCUGUUCAUACAGAUGUAUUAUCCUCUUCAACUGAUGAAGAAGACACUGUAUUCAAUUCCAUUUUCUUCCGAUUCCCCUCUGUGGACCAAAGCAGUACUGUUCAAGAUAUCCAGCGUAGUUCUUUCAGUUCGUGUAUAAUAUGUGAUAACAAUGGAUGCCUGUGGUUCCUAACAUUCUCAAAACUAAUUCCAAUUCAUUUGCCAAGUAGUAAGAAUGGCAAUGCAGUGUAUGCUGUGCAAGCUAAAAGUAAAAAAGUUCCAGAAGGAUGGUUGGCUGUGGUACAAAAGAACCAGACGAUAAACCUCUAUAAACUAGAUGAUGUCAUCAAGAUGUCGGAUGCAGGCCUGAUAGCACAACCAUGGCAUGUGAUUUUUUCAACAUGUCAACUGAAUUGUGUUUCAUUUAUUGAUAUGAAUACCCUCGCUGCAGGCUCACCCUCUAACCGCACACUUUCUCUUUGGGUUGGACUUGAUAGUAUAGGACAAAGAAAGGCUAGUUGAGAGAGACUGUGAAAUAUUAGUGAGGAAAUUUUAGCUGCAGCUUUACUGUCAUCUUCAAUCACACCCAUCUCCUUGGGUUAGUUGAYGAGUAAAGAAAAGUUAGAUGAAUGAUACCCUAGCACAAGACCAUCUUCUAAUCACACAAACUGUUUGUGAGCUAGGCUUGAUUGACCACAAGAAAAUUGGUAGAUGGGAAAGAGUUUGUGGGACUUUGUAUUAUAGAUUGAUGCUCUAACUCUAGCUGAAACGGGUCACCCUUGCAAAUAAUAAUCCAGGCUUGAUCCAAUAUUCAUUGGCAUUAUACAUGUUUGUGAGGAUAUGGGAAAUGUCUCCUUUGGUUAGAGUUUUAGUAGAGCAAUAAAAUAUAUACAGUGGAAUUAAGAAGCCAAAUAUGGUAAAUAAAUAACAUGUCAAGUUUA